GGACUCGGUCGUCUCGAGCAAGCUCUGGGAAUUACUGUGACGCGAUGGCAACAUUCGAGUCAAGUCUGGAAACGAGUGGGCACUGUGGGGCGAAGGCCGAAAUGAGUGUGCGAUCGGAGCUCGCAGUCGCAUGCUGGUGACAUACACAGAACGCAGACAUGAUAUUAUGCCAGACGAUGCCCGCCGGCCAGGUCACAGAGCAGAAUCAAUGUCAAGCAGGCAGGCAGGCAAGCGAGCGAGCACCUGAAGGACGUCGAGGGCUCAGGGAGGCAUUUUCCCGCAUGUUUGCAGCCGCUUUGUCUUCUUGCAAAGCUCCGGCGGUUGUGUCGUCCGAUGUCCUCCGCUGCUGCUGCUGCUGCUGCACCAUGCACGCACGCGCGCGCAUUUCCCCGCGAGCUGGCCUGGCCUGGCCGGAUCGAGAAGUAUUAUUCUGCGGUGCCCGCCCGGCUGACCGCCUCCUGGUCGACCACUGGUGCCCAAUACAAAAGAUAAUCCUGUAUCUGGUCUCGUGCAGCAGCGCUCCAGAUUCCCUUCCUGUGUUGUGCUCUCGGAUCGCUUCUGUCGAACAUGACACCGAUCGUCCGCCCUCUCCCUCUCCCCUCACCUCUCUUCCCUCUCGGGCCUCGCUUCGUCGGAGCCCUGUCUGAUCUGAGCGCUGCCGAGCACAUGCUGCAGCAUGAGAGAUCGGAGCAUGUUGAGUACGCAUGAAGUCCGUACUUGAGAUGGUGCAUCGCAAGCCGACAAACACAGAUCAUCGACGACAGCAAUGUGGCAGGACGAAGCCCAGUUGGGAGAGAUUCCCUCCUCCCCCGAACUUCAGGAAAAGGUACUGAUGCUCCACCGUGGACUACAAGGCAGCGACAUGCUCCAAAUUCGACGGGGGGACCAAAUUGUGCUCAAAUUUCACCUGAAAGCGGGAAAGAAAUUCGAAAGCACGGAUGCCACACAUAGAGAGGCCUUUCGAUGCAUGCAGUCUAUCCUUCUGCUCUCCCUCUGCUAACAAGGCAGGCAGGCAGGCAGGCAGGCAGGCAGUCUGUCAGUCAGCCCUCGGCUGUGAACCAUCGUCGAGCACGGAAGAAAGGACCGACAAGUCCCAGGAUUCCUUCCGCGAAGAUUUCAAGAAGAGCACAAAGCCAGAGCCUGACCGGAAUUCAACACAUGGCGACGAGGAGAGUCGAGCGAAGCAGAUGAAUGAGUAAACGACGAGACCUGGCUUGUUACUCUAGGAUGAGUGCGCGCGUAGGCGCAGCUUCCACCGAACAUUGGAUAGAUGUUCGCAGGAGAUUCAGAUCAGGGUAUCGAACCAGGACCAGGAUCAGGACGAGAACCAGGGUUCUAGUUCGUGACAUGUGAAGUUUGUGGCUUCAGGAGAAGCGGGGGAGAUGGACAGCAAGCUGUGGUCGAGAUUGCCGGAGGAUGAACAAGUGAUGGUCUUGUCGUUCCUGCCGUGGUUCGAAAUUCUGCGCUUGAGGGUCGUGUGCGUGAAGUGGAAUCAGAUCCUGCGAAGCUCAGAGUUCAGGCAGAAUUGGAGGGGCAGAGAGUCGUCCCAAACCCCUCUCUGCUUCAUGGGCAGCAAGGACUACGGGACGAGGAUCUACAACCCUGCACUUCAGAAGUGGCAAGACUGCGGCCGCUCGUUCGUCACAUUCCGCAUGGACGAAGGGGUUUACAAGGCCCCGGACGCUCGAGUGAUGGGCUCGGCUCGCGGCCUUCUCUUGCUGCAGAUUCUUCUGGGGCCCGGCUACGCCGCUGCCACCCCGCACUCGCUGAUGCAAGACCUAUUCGUCGUGAAUCCCCUCGACCCUCUGAACAAGAAGAGAGUGCGCCUGCUGCCUCACCUGCAGCACCCCAACACGAGCAGCGUGCUGGGAAUGGCGUGGAACGACAUCACGCGCUCGCAUCAGAUUCUCUUCCAGCACCACCCCGAGGGUCUGAUCUUCAACGAUAUUUCGUCUCAGGAAUCGAACAUGUGGACUUUCUACAGUUACGACGUGGAGAACGAUGCGUGGGACCGAGUUGCUCGAUGGCCCAAAGAUAGGUACAGGGAUUUUCAGUCUCCCUCCAUAGCCGGCGGCAAUUUUCAGUGCCUGGCGAAGAUGUGCUCGUCCUCUCUCCCCUACGGAUCCACGCCGCCGUCGGUGCAAAGGUUUCGUUAUUAUCUCCGGGACAAGUCGGGGAAGAAUUGGCUGAACGAGCCCACUUGGGUCGAGCUGGAGGAUCAUGGAGCUCCGUCGCUCCCAUAUCCUCUUCACUUCGCCAUUCUGUUCCAUCAGGACCACGAGACUUUCGUGGCGGGCGGGGAAGUGAGUUUCAGCUUAGUGGACAAUAGCGACGAGUAUAUAGGCCUGCAAGAUUUUACGGUGUGGAAAUUGCAUGAAGAAAGAUCGGAGGAGUCCGAGUGUGAGGAGAAUCAGUGGCUGGAAAUUCACAGAAUGCCGAGUGAAAUUGUGGAUACGUUUCGGAAGGGUGUCAAUAUGCAAUUCUAUUGCGCAGCUAAUGAGAAGUUCCUGAUUGUUGCCAAUUGGUGGAGAGAUUGCGCCGUGUUGGAUAUGAACAAUAUGUCUUGGCGCGUACUUCCACCAGAACCACACAAUCUCUCAGCAGAAUCUCCCAUCCGGGAAGAGCUCUUUGACCUCUUUUAUUUACACCUUUGCGAACCGAGAUUGGACAUCCUCUUGUAAAGAAAUUCAAUCGCUGGAGCAAUAAUCUGCUCCCAUCUUCGUCGUACCUCGAAUUUGCACCAGACGAAGUGCUGUAAAUUAGAUAGAUAUCGCGUACAUGUUAGGAACUAUCACACACGCUUUUGAUUGAUCUCCUUUUGCCUGGAUCAGUGAGGACUUCAGUGCACGCAGCGCUGCUGGACAACGUGGUGAAAAACAGUAAAGUUCUCUCCAGCUCUCAAGCAGGCUGGGCUUAUACCAUCAGAAGAUUAAUGUCAUAAUUGUUUGUGAUGUUUAUCGGAUACACGAUUGUCAUCUUUUAUGUGAUG